CGUUGCUGACUGUCGUCUUGUGUUCCCCUUCUAAGUUUAGAAUCCGGGGGAGGAGUAUAAACAGGAAGACUAGGAGGACACGGAAGCGGAAUAAAGCUGCCGUCUGUGUGUGCGAUUCUAAUAUGUGAUGGUGAAGGAGGGCAGAGGAGAGCACAUAGGGGUAUGAUUGGUCAUUAGAGCGGCUGACCAGGGCACACAGCAUGGCGGAAAAGUUUGAUAACCUGGAAGAACACCUGGAAAAGUUUGUAGAGAACAUCCGGCAGCUGGGGAUCAUAGUCAGUGAUUUCCAACCGAGCAGCCAGGCUGGCCUUAACCAGAAGCUGAAUUUUAUGAUUACCGGAUUGGCAGAUGUAGACAAGUGUCGGCAACAGCUUCAUGACAUCACUGUCCCCUUGGAAGUAUUUGAUUACAUUGACCAGGGCCGUAAUCCCCAACUGUACACCAAGGAGUGUUUGGAGAGAGCAUUAGCUAAAAAUGAGCAAGUGAAGGGUAAAAUUGAUACAAUGAAGAAAUUCAAAAGCCUACUAAUCCAAGAGCUCUCCAAAGUGUUUCCAGAAGACAUGGCAAAAUACAAGGCUGUCAGAGGCGAGGAUCAUCCAUCAUCUUAACAUGCCAAUCUGAAACCGGCAACAUAAUGAAGCCUUACUAAGAAUAUUUAUAUUAUGGACCUUACUGUUGUAACUUGUGAGAAAAUGCUAAGAACAGUUCUUGCGCAUAACUGUAAAUGGAUACAUGAUCCACCAAUGUUUCUCUGAUCAUUUUGUCUUCUCUAAGUAACGCUUAGAUCCACAAAACUUGGCAUCCAUAAACCCUCUAAUUGGCAACUGUAGUAUAUAUGCCAGUUCUUUAAAAAUGCAAAUUGUCUCUCUUCCUGUGCUGCAAUUUUUGUUUUAAUAUUGUUCUUUAAUGUUUGUAGUGUUCGGUAAUUUUGUGUUUCCUCCAGUGCCAUUUUUGUACAUUUUAUAUUUAUGAAACUAUCAUCGGGUAUUAUGAAUAAAUAUUAU